AUGGACUAUGAUAUUUUGAAAACUCAACAAGAAUAUCUUAAUCAUGCACUAACAUAUUACACUGGAUUAAAAGCACUUGUAUUAGAUAGUAUCACAACUUCUAUCGUCAGUCAUUUAUAUUCUAUGAUGGAUGUUACCCAAAAAGAAAUUUAUAUUAUUACAAAUAUUGCAGACAAAACAAGAGAACCACUAUACUAUGCAACUGCUAUUUGUGUAUUGCACCCUUCUAAAUUUAUUAUUGAUCGUUUAGUUGAGGAAUUAAAAGUACCAAAAUAUAAACAAUACUAUAUAUUUUUUACAUCUCCAAUUAAUGAAAGUAUUAUUGAAACAUUAGCUGAGGCAGAUGUUCACGAAAUCGUUCAAAGCGUUCAAGAGCUUUAUAUGGACUGUUGUUCAAUAACUUCAAAUCUUUUUUCAUUAUGUUUUAAAGGGAGUGAGUCUGAUGAAAUUACAGUAGAACGAUCUGUUGAAGCAUUGAUGUCAAUUCUCAUUUCUCAAAAAGAAAAUCCAGUGAUUCGAUAUCAAACCAAUGGAUCUACAUUACCUCAGAACAUUGCAUAUAAAAUUAGUCAACGUAUUCAGUCUUCUUUGACUGUUCAAGAUGGAUUAAUUCCUAUACAACCAACGUCAACAACUUUAUUAAUUCUUCAUCGGUCAUUUGAUUGUGCAACUCCAUUAUUGAUACAAUGGACAUAUCAAGCAAUGAUUCAUGAAUUUUUAGGAAUAAAUAGUAAUUUAGUAGAACUACCAACAGGAAAAGUUGAGUUUGCCUUUCCAAAUGAUCCUUUUUAUAGACAAAUGCAUCAAAGAAUGUUUGUUGAAGUAACUGAUGAAAUUCAAACUCGAUUAAAUCAGUUUAAUUCAAGUAAAGAAGAAAAAUUAAAACUUGACACUAUGGAUGAAAUGCAAAAGGCAAUUGAUGCUAUUCCUGAGUUAGUUAAAGAAAAAGAAAGUCUUACUAAACAUACGUCAAUUCUUAGUGCAGCAUUAGCUAUUAACAAACAAAAAAAAGGUUUACAAUUGAGUGAGUUUGAACAAGCAUUAGUAGUUAAUAAUGCAUUAAGUUCUUCAUUAGCUGAGUUAAGUAAUAUCAUUAAUGAUAACACAAUUCCAUAUAAUGAUAGAUUAAAAGAAGCUGUUUUAUUUGCUUAUCGAUUCCCUCAAAAAGCUGAAGAUGUUAGAUCAAUGCUACAACUACAAAAAUUUAAAUUAGAAGACUCUCAAUUGAUUAAAUCAAUUAUUGCUUAUGGACAGAACCCACCAUUAAAAGUAUUUCCUGAUGAAACUGGAUUAAAAAAGUUUGUUAAAAAAAUAGUUAAAGGAAGUGGGGGAGUAGAGAAUGUAUAUACCCAACACAGACCAUUAUUAGAAAGUAUUGCUAGAAAUAUUUUAUAUAAUAAGGAAGAUCUUAAAAAAUGUUUUCCUGGAUUUGGAGAUAUUCAUAAAAUUAAUCAAAAUUUGAUUAUCUAUAUUGUUGGUGGUAUUACAUUUGAAGAAAAUGUUGCUAUUCAAGAAAUCAAAAAAAAUUAUUCAGAUCAAGGGUUAGUUCCACCAAAGAUAUUAAUUGGAGGUACAGAUGUUUUGAAUAGUACUAAAUUCUUAAAUAUGUUAAGACCUAAACAAAAAUAA